AUGGCAGACUUGAUUUGCGGUGUGUUCAGGUGGGUGCAGCACGGGCAGGGAGCCGCAGCCACGCAGGUCCAGGCCGAUGACCCAGUAUUCGACCGACCAGUGUGUACGCGGGUCCUCGAAGCCGGAGAUGAUCAGUAG